AUGGAACUUGAAGCAGUAUUCAAAAAGUUUGAUUAUGUUCAUGGUACAGAAGAUACUAAGAAUGAUUUACAAGAGAUACUUGUGGACAAACGUGGAGAUUUUGAAGAUUUGAAAAAUCUUCAAAGAUGUAUGUCUGUCCUACAAGAGAAAAUCUGUGUGAAAGGAUUUCCUGUAAAGGGAUCUCCAGGCUGUGAAAUGGCUUCUGACUCCGUCGAAGUCAUCAAAUAUGUAGUUGACGAUUGUGUAGACAAUGACAGAGCAACCAAAGAAGAAUGUCAACAGCUGUUGUUUGAUUUCCUGUUGGCUUGUUUACGUACAGGACCUGGCUCCACACACACAGUUAUCAUACCGGAUGUUAUGGAUAUCCAAGGCAUGGAGGGCUUUUUAGAAGCAUUGAAAGGGAAGGAGUUAACAAAGUUAAUCUCAGCUCUGAAGGAAUUCACACACACAUCAGAGGAACCAGCAUUGUCUCUAUCAGACCAGUGCACUGCUUGGGAUAACUGCAUAUGUAGAGUUUUAGAUGCCAUGAGUGAAAGUAAAAAUAUUCAUGAAGCUGACUUUCAGGAACAGAUACUGGACCUAUACAUAUUCUACUUCCUCAAGAUGUUGGACAUGCCUGUUGAAUAUGUCUCACCCCUACACAAUGUAAUGAGGAAAAUUGAGUCAUUCUAUCGAGAGAGCUCUGACAGGAAUCCAUAUAUGAAUCUAAAGAAUAAAGAAAUUAUACGCAAACACAUGGUGCAAAUACAAGAUGUCAUUGGCGAUGAAAGAUAUGGCAGGAAUGAGACACAAGUAGAACAAGCACAACAGACGAUUGAGUACAUACUUAACAGUAUUAGUAAAAAUCCAAAGAAUUCUGAACAUAUUUGGGAAAGUGUUCUAAAUUUUAUGAAGACUUUGGCCUUUGCAAAGAAAUGUGCUGAAUUUCCUCAGACAAUGAAGCCGUUCAGGUAUUUUUUUGAUGAAAUGCCUGACAACACUUUAAAGGAACAUCCCCAACUUGUUGACAAAUGGGCGCCAGUGUUUGGAGAGACACUUUUAAAGGCUCCGUUAGUGAAAGCUUUAGAGACCUGGGUCUAUCGGAUGGUGGACACAGUACGGGACAUGUGUACAGUGAAGAAGGAAUCCAACGUGUUGUGGUUCCCAAUACUGAAAGGCCUCUUCAGAUGUGGACAAAAGGAUGGUGCAAAUUCAGCAAACAGAAUCUUAGGGGAAGAGAAAUUCAAGAAAAUUUUUACGUGGAAAAGCAAUUACAAGGAAGCAUCGGAAAUGAUAGAAAUAAUCGGCAAGGUAGACUUCCCAACCUCUGGAGACAGAGAUGACACUGGACUCUUGCAUGAAUAUGGAGAUGGCGUCAAAAAGCUUUUAGAACAGCUGAAAAUGGUUAAAGUUGCAGACAAAGUUAUGGGAAGUGUAGCAACUUUUAUCAUUUCAAUGAUGGAAAAACGUUCAGAAGAACUCAACGAAUUCACAGAGCGAUUUGCGGAUCAACUUUCAUUAGAGAACAACCUUGAAAUAAUUCCUGACCUUAUCAAAAGAUUUUCCGUGCUGUAUUUGGAUCCAGACUAUCCGUGGGACAGUAUUGAUUCCAGAAGCUGUGGUCAGGCCAUACUAGAUGGUGUUAUCUCAGCCUACAGCUCAGGAAGUGACAUGCCUGAUGAUGUGAAUGACACUCUGGUGAAGAUAAUUCUGUAUGCCAUGGAAACAGAUGGUCUUGAGUACAUGGAAGUAGUACAUGGUUCUAUCACCAUCUAUGGCCUUGCUGCAUCAGCCCAUUUGUUAAUGUUUGUGAGCAAACAUAUCACCUGUGACAAUUACGCAAGGGCCUUGGUACCACUGAUGCCCGCUGUCAUAAAACAGUUAGACCAUGAUGAGGACGAUCUUCAGGAAGCUGCUCGCGAUGUCAUGGUGUUGGCUAGUAACCAAACACCUGAUGUGAUCAGCUCCCAUUUGAAACCUUUGAUAGAAUGGUAUAAGAAUGAACAUUCUGUUGAAGCUCUGAAUGCUAUUUCAAAACCAUACAAAGCUGGUGAUGGUAUCUCUCAGGAAGAUUUUGAAGUCUUCAUGAAAGCUCUUGAUGAAGACCCAAAUUAUGCGGUAGUUGGACCCUUACAGUCUGUUUUAUUGAUGGAUUUGGGUGAGAAACAACCAGAGUAUUUUACACAGAAACAUGUUGAUAUGUUGUUCAGUGAGAAACUUAUGGAUAAUAUGCACAACCAGUACAGAAUUUUGCUGGCAUUGUGUUCGGUCAUUUCUAAGCAGCCACAACUGUUUGGACAGAAUGUCGUCGACCGUGUCCUAAAGAAUCCAAAAUUGGAGCUGACCUAUACAAUGGCUAUAAAAACUAUUGGAAUCACUUUGGUAUCUCAUCACAAGGAGUUCUUUGAUACAGUUUUGAAAGAGUUUGUGAACCUAUCUAAAAGGUGUGACAAUCCCACUUACCAAGUAGCAUUGAUUGAUGGUAUUCACACCUUAGGUACUGAGCAUGGUACCGAGCGUCUAAAUCCAUACCGACCUUAUAUUGAAGAAUUGCAGAAGGAUGGGGCUACGGCUGGAGUCAAACAAAUGGCUACAGCUAUUUUAAAUGCAAUGGAUGGUAUAAGUGUUGAAGGAAUAGUGGAGGAUGUAAAACAACAGAAGGGAGACAUCAAUGUGCUCAACACCAAGGUCACAGAAAAUACAGAAAAAGUUAACGUGGUGGAUAAAAAAGUGGAUAAUCAAGGAAAAGAAAUUGCAACGGUCAAAACUGGACUCCAAGCUACCAAUAAGCGUGUGGAUAACGUGGAAAAAGAUUUGGAUGAAACAAAGAUUAAGGUUGAAGAGGUUGAUAAUAAGACCAUGACCAAUGCCCCAAAAUGGUCAAGAGAUCUGACCAAGCUGAUGAAUCCAACAACAGAACAUGACUGGAGACUCCUGGCCCAGAGGUUAGGGUACACACCACAGGACAUCAAGGGCUGGGCGACCCAGCAUGAUCCCUGUAUGGGCCUCCUUAGUGAGUGGUACGCCACCCACAAGACAAUAGAGGCUACCCAUGCUGUACUGACAGCUCUACAGGAGAUGAACAGGAUGGAUGCUGCUGCCAUUGUGGAGAAUGCCAUGAAGGCUGUGGAGGGCGUUGUUGAAGAAGAGGUGGACUAUGCCACACCGCCACCUAUAUUCCUAAGUUACCAAUGGGGUCAUCAGAAUGAGGUCAAGUUAUUACGCAACCAUCUACAAAUGGCCGGGUAUGAGUGCUGGAUGGACAUCGGACAAAUGGGAGGUGGAGACAAACUGUUUGAAAAGAUUGACAACGGAAUUCGUGGUGCAAAAAUCAUCAUCUGUUGUGUGUCUGAAAAGUAUUCUAAGUCUCCCAACUGCAACAGAGAGGUGAACCUAUCCACAAACCUUGGGAAACCCAUGAUUCCCCUCCUGAUGGAGAAAAUGAGCUGGCCCCCGAAGGGCUCGAUGGGACCAAUCUUCAGCGAGUACCUGUUUGUGAGAUUCUUUCAACGUGGAGGGGAGGAGACUAAAGACCAACGGUACUGGCCAGUUCCCAAGUUCCAGGAACUGCUGAUGCAACUUAACAUGUAUCAAGCCUUGCCUGAUGAAUCUCUCAUAACCAAAGAGUACAAGAACUGGUGGAUGCCAGUGGCAGAAGAAAUUGUCAUUACCAAAAAGAAAGGAGGGGACAAAGGUCAAAGUUCAUCUGGGAAAGAGAUUUCUUUGAAGGAGGAAGAAGACUCCCCGGAUGUGUUCCUGUCAUACCAGUGGGGCAAACAGAACCAGAUCAAGCAGUUGUAUAGAAGGUUGAACGAGCUUGGAUACAGCUGCUGGAUGGAUAUUUACCAGAUGGGAGGUGGGGAUUCACUCUACGAUAAAAUUGACAGGGGUGUUCGUGGCUGCAAGGUUGUCCUGAGCUGUGUUACCACCAAGUAUGCCUUAUCAGCAAAUUGCCGAAGGGAAGUGAGCCUGGCAGAUUCUCUCAAGAAGCCAAUGGUUCCCCUCCUUCUGGAGAAGAUAGACUGGCCCCCUGCUGGACCCAUGAGUAUGGUCUUCACACAGCUUCUCUUCAUCAAUUUUUACCGUGAUGAAAAAGUGCAAAUGUCUUGGGAUGGAAGCAAAUUUGAUGAACUUCAUGGGAAGAUACAAGAGUAUGUUAGCCCAGUUACCAAUACUGGUAGUCAGACUGCAGUCAAAGGUCCAGAUUCAUCACCAAAAAUAUCAGAAAAUGUCGAAAAGAAAGUGAAGGAUGAAGACUCCCCUUCAACAACCACCAAAUCAUCAGAAAACAAAGGUCCAAAGGUAACUUCGCCUGAAGAGCCAAAAACUACAGCAGCAAAAGUAGAAACAAAACCUGCUGAUAAAACAAAUAAAAAGUCCUCAUCUUGCUCAAUACUUUAA